AUGACAGUUCACAUGAUCCACCAGCACAUCUCCCUUCGUGGACUUCUGCAUCCCCGAGUGUGUGCUCAUCUGUGGAGAACGGGGAUAGAGAUGGCCAGACCCAGUUCAGAUAUGGCGGCCUUCAGAGAGACUUUCUCCAAAGCAAAGAAUAUCGUGGUCCUGACCGGAGCAGGGGUCAGUGCUGAGAGCGGAGUGCCCACUUUCAGAGGAGCUGGAGGUUUCUGGAGAACAUGGCAAGCACAGGAACUUGCGACUCCAAAAGCCUUUUCUCGGAAUCCCUCUCGUGUGUGGGAGUUUUAUCACUACAGACGAGAAGUCAUGCUCACCAAAGCGCCCAAUCCAGCGCACCUGGCCAUCGCAGAAUGUGAAGAACGACUGAGAAAACAAGGACGUGAAGUGACUGUCAUCACUCAGAACAUAGACGAGCUCCACCGCAGAGCUGGCUCCAAGAAGGUCCUGGAAAUACACGGAAGCCUCUUCAGAACCCGCUGUGUCACCUGUGGCCAUGAAGCUCCCAAUCACCAAAGCCCCAUCUGCAGCGCCUUGGAAGGCAAAGGAGCUCCUGACCCUGAAACACAAGAAGCCCGGAUCCCUGUUGAGCUAUUGCCUCGAUGUGAACACAAAGAUUGCAAGGGUCUUUUGAGACCAGCUGUUGUGUGGUUUGGAGAAACUCUGGACUCGGAAAUCCUCGCACAAGUUGAGAAACUAAUGGAGAGCUGCGACUUGUGCCUUGUGGUCGGCACUUCUUCUGUUGUGUACCCCGCAGCCAUGUUUGCUCCUCAGGCUGCAGCGGCAGGAGUCCCAGUUGCAGAAUUCAACAUGGAAGACACUCCGGCUACAAUGCGCUUCAGGUUCCACUUUAAUGGCCCCUGUGGUACCACUCUGCCGCCUGCUUUGGCCCGCCACGAGACAGAAGAGCAGUGA